UAAAAAACCACUUCCGUUUUAUUAAUUUGCGUGAUUGUCAACAACGUGCUUUUCAAGACAGCUAACUAAAAGGUGCCGGUGAGUUUGUCGUUCCAGCAGUUUAGUGAGGAAGCUUCUUCUUGGUGUUUGGAUCACAGCAAUAGAAAAAAAUGACUGACUUGGACUGUAACAGUGGAGUGAUCAUUCUGAGUGUGGUAGCAGGAGUGCAUUCAAUCCUCAGCCUGGGUCUGCUGGCUUGCAUCAUCUGGUGUGCAUGCUGCUACGGAAAGAAACAGUUUCAAGUACGACCGCUCUCUCCCAAACACAACUACUCUUCUCCAAACCACCAUAGGAUCUCCGGUCCUGGCAAUAAUGGAAAUAAUGGCAACUGCAACAUCUCUAGCCCAGUCCUAGACGAAAGAGAACUCAAACACUUGAGACUCAUCUCUCAGCUGGAGGCACGACGAUUGCAGACCAUCAAUGAGAGCACACUGGAUUCCUCAGACAGGGACAGGGUGACCGUGACUUCGAUCGUGGAUAAGGGAUCACCGUUCAUCAGUUGUCAGGCUGACAUCAACGUGCCUAACGGACACAGUGGUGGGGCACAGUCUCCAGUGCUCAAGAAUCAACACGCCUGGGAGUCGGACAAGAACGAGAAGGAUUCUGUAUCAGAUGGUUCUCCCUGCUCCAGCAACAGUGAGAGUGUGUUUGCCAACGCUGAUGCUGACUCAGCAGCCGAGAAGAAGAGAGCACCAGACACACCCAAUCAGAGUCCGCCGUCAGUGACAGCACAAGAGAGAAGGAGAGAGGCGGUUAUGGGACGGAGGAGAGCACAAAGAACUAACUCCACACGACCACUGCUUGGGACCAGUAUAAGCUCGGACUACGGUGGCUCAGUGAGUGAGAGUAUUGGGGGAUCUUGUAUGUCUCUGCCCACUGACGAGUUUGGAGCCACGCCCAGCAUGAGAGUGCUGACUCGGCAUGCUGGAAGCCGUAAAGGAUCCUUGAGGUCACUCCUGGGUACCUCAGAGGACAACCUAAGAAAUUGUAGCACACUCCCACGGAUGCAUCGCCUCCCUCCACUCACCACAUCCCGCCCACCUAGUGCCGCGGCUCUCUCUUCUCUGCAAACACUCUCCGAGAAUGUUCCCUUGGCAGCCGAGUCUGUCACUAACCUCUCGGCAAUCGAGCGGCCGAGACCAAGAGUUCAAAGUUCAGAGGGGGAGUCCCUCCCUCGACUGAGCCUGCAUCUGGCUGAUGAUAUUGGACUCGGGGAUCCCACCAGCGAUGAUGCAUUCAGAUCAAUGGUGUGAACGUGUAUGUACGUAUACCGUAAAUAUGGCUUCUUUACUUAUAAUCACGUUUCAUCAAUGUACAUAAUCUCAUUGCAAUAUUCAGCUUCAAUGUCACUUCUAUUUUAUAGAUCAGUAUUUUCAGCAAUAAACUCAUAUUAUGGUACGUAUAUAAAUGUCCUUGUUGCCCUGGGCAUUUCAUUGUAUACAUGUUGUAUCCAUAAUUAUAAUUAUAUUCAAGAA